CGCAUUCUUGCAACUUUCUCGCCAACUCUGAUUGCGUUGAAUUGACUAUAAUCUCACUACAGCCAUUAUUCUCCAUUCGACAUCCCCACAACUGCCUUGCUCUCUGCGAUUGUGGCCAUGGAGAAGGGCCACUGGCUACCCAAAACUGAUCCCACCCGCUGGCGACUUCGAACAAACGAAGGAGUCCAUCUGUGGGCUUACAUCUCCGACAAAGAAUUUGAAAUCGAGGACCCCCAAACCUUUGCAGAAAGAUACUUUCUGGGCCUUUCACGGGAAAGCCACUCUUUAUCUAAGCCUAAGACCUAUUCCGACGCUGCACACAACGGUUUGCAAUUUUACAAGAACCUCCAACUCACCGAUGGUCACUGGGGCGGCAGCUACGCGGGCCCCAGCUUCCUACUCCCUGGAGUUGUCUUCGCCUUGUACAUAACGGGAGGUGAGAUACUGCGAGAAUGGGCGAUCGAAAUGACGCGAUGGAUCUGCCACUACCAGAAUGAGGAUGGAGGAUGGGGCCUGCAUAACCAUGGCCCGUCGACAAUCUUCGCGACAGUCUUGUACUAUGUGACACUUCGCAUUCUCGGCAUGGACACGGGCCAUGGCAUUAUCGUGAAGGCCAGGGAAUGUCUCCAUGAGCUUGGUGGUGCGCUGUUGGCGCCGCAAUGGGGCAGAUACUGGCUCGCGUGCCUGAAUCUUUUCAAGUGGGAAGGCGUACAGCCCGUACCCUCUGAGAUCUGGGCGCUCCCAGAAUGGAUCCCGUUCCAUCCAUGGAGGUGGUGGGUGCAAUGCCGCGCCGUCUACCUCCCCGUUUCUUACCUGUAUUCUAAUAAAUGCCAAAUGGAACCCAACAAACUCAUCCAUGAGCUCCGCGACGAAAUAUUCUGCCAAAAAUACGAAACUAUCAACUUCGCGGCAUACAUGCACGACGUCGGUCCUCAAGACAGGAAGAAACCGCUCAAUAGGUUUCUAUCUAUAGUCAACCAUGGAAUGAGGGUUUGGGAAUGGUAUUUUCGGCCACAAUGGAUACAUAACCAGGCGAAUAGUGUGGUGCGCGAUCUGAUUAGACGCGAAGACGAGAACACAUCAUACAACGAUAUAGCUCCUGUGAACAAAGCGUUUCACACGGUGGUAGUGUUUUUAAGUGAUGGGCCAAAUAGCGAGGCUAUCAAAAAGCACCAUGAGAAAUUUCUCCCGUAUCUCUGGAAGGAUGAAAAUGGAAUAAAUUGUGGUGGUACAAACGGCGACCAGCUAUGGGAUACCGCAUUAUCGAUCAUCGCCGUUGCUGAAGCCGGGCUAGGACGACGGCCUGAGUUUCGCGCCAUGUUGGAAAAUGCACAUAGGUUUCUCGAGAUUUCGCAGUUUCGUGACGAUUUGGAGGACCCGUUUAGGCAACAGAGGAAAGGCGGGUGGCCGUUCAGUACAAAGGAUCAAAGCUAUGUCGUGUCUGACUGCUCGGCCGAGGGCUUAAAGGCAACUUUGUUACUUCAGGAAGAGCUCGGCUUCGACAAGAUCAUUGAUACAGACAGACUUUAUGAUUGCGUUAACACCCUUCUGACCAUGCAAAAUCCCGACGGCGGGUUUGGAAGUUAUGAAAAAGCUCGCACCAGCGCGUACAUCGAACUGCUUAAUCCCGCCGAGGUAUUUGAUCGCUGCAUGGUCGAAUACUCGUAUCCGGAAUGCACAACAGCCGUAGUGGGCGGAUUGUCCAUGUUUCGAAAUUUCUAUCCAAUCUAUCGCCGGAAAGACAUAGAUAGAACCAUCGAGUUGGCUAUGAAAUAUUUGGAGGCUUCUCAGCUCCCAGAUGGCUCCUGGUACGGAUCUUGGGGCAUCUGUUUCACAUACGGUACAAUGUUUGCACUUGAAGCAUAUUCCGCUAUAGGUCAGACUUACGAGACGUCGAGAGCCGUCCAAAGGGGUUGUGACUUUCUUGUGAGCAAGCAGAAGGACGACGGUGGAUGGGGUGAGCAUUGGGACAGUUGCGAAUACCAGACAUACGUUGAGCAUGAGGAGAGCCAGGUGGUGAAUACAGCGUGGGCUGUGCUAGGGUUGAUAGCUGCUCAAUAUCCAGAUAGAAUGGUUGUUGUGCGGGGACUUGAGUUGAUAAAAAGUCGUCAGUUACCGAACGGCGAAUGGUUGCAGGAGGCCGUUGAAGGUAUCUUCAACGGUACUUGCACAAUUGAAUAUCCAAACUAUAAGUUUCACUUCUCGAUUCGGGCUUUGGGUCGGUAUGACCAUUAUUACAUUCCUGCAUUGAAGGAAGUAUCACGCAAUACUUGAAGCUUGUAAUAUUAUUAUUAUUAUUAUUAUUAAGUUACAAGGCGAUUAUCUAUCUAGCUGACUCUGGGCUUACCGACCCUUCUCGGAUAGACUGACUAUCAUGAAUUGUCCUGCGAUGUUUUGAGAAAGGAAAACUGUGGGCGCCUUUCAACGAGCGGAACAGCUCUACCAGGUGCCUAGAUUAAAAACCUCUCGCUUCAUUUUCUUUCAGUAUUAGUGCUUAUCAUAGGUAACUACUCUUGUUAUAGUUUCGAGAAGAAAGAAUGAAAUAGUGAGACCCUUCACUACAAAUAUUAUUACUUACACUCCAAGAUUGCAGUGUGGAAGACUCCUAUUAGUCCCGGGGACAUUUACUGAACAAGGCGACGUCAAGCACCAGGCGACGUAC